AUGCGCGGCUGGCUUUUGGCAGAGAUUCAAUUUGGAGCAGAGACCGUUGAACAUCUGCAGUGCCUUCUUCCGUUCAAUGGCUCGGAGUUGCGCAUCCGUUGGCAGGGCCCAGCGACCGACCUUCAGCCCAUCUGGAAUUUCAUCCAGCGCGCCAUCGCCAUGCCGCUUGCCAACUACCAAGAAGUCCUGGUUUCUUUCUGGCCGGCCCUGCCCCUCGAAGAGCUGCGCGCCGACGUCUUUACCGGAUUCCGGAUGGUCCCGAGCAUGGAGGGAGAUCAAUGGAUCUACACGCAGUCAUCUGAAGGUCUGGGGACGGAUCUGAAGCGACGGCACCUUCAGCCUCUGCAUCAAUCUCGAUGCGUCCACGCCUCCGCUCUUCCA